UACAUUUAUCAGGUACAACGUGACCCAGGCUUGAACCGGACAGGUUCCGUCUGAACAUGAUCUGCAGUCAUUUUGUAAUGUAACAGAGAUCGACGCGCGUAUAUCUCGUAUCUCCAUAUAAACAUUUCUAUCGACAAUGGCAAUGUCGACAAUAAAAGAGAUUACGGACAAUGAACUGUCCUUUGUGCCGUGUUUACGAUAUAACGGCAUGAAGCAAUUCAUUGGCGUUCAGUCUAUACAUAGAAUGGCAUCACAUAGUAGUGGUCGUGCAGCUAAUGAUCUGUACAACUGUCCUGCAGUGAGAAAACCCACCCUAGCCCAGGUGAAAGAUAUCGCAAAAGAUCUUGGCUUCCAAUAUGAAGAUGAUGAUAUUCAGAAAUACAAAGCGAUUAUCGGAGAAAGCAUUGACAGCAUAAACAGUGUAGAGCAUCUGGUUGAACCGAGACUGCCUACCAGAUAUCCAAGACUUCCAGGGUACAGACCAAAACAACAGGACAAUCCUUAUAAUGCAUGGUACUGGAGGUGCGAGAUCCAGGGAGCCAGCGGUGGUAAAUUGGCGGGAAAACGAGUCGCAAUCAAGGACAAUGCAGCAGUAGCAGGGGUUCCUAUGAUGAAUGGAUGCCAUGCUCUGGAAGGAUUCACACCCGACUUUGAUGCAACGGUCGUAACCAGAAUACUAGACGAAGGAGGGUCUAUUGCCGGUAAAACAGUAUGUGAAAACUUGUGUUUAUCUGGGAGCAGUUAUACAGCAGCCAAAGGUCCUGUGAUGAACCCUCACGAUACUACAAGAUCGUCUGGUGGAUCCAGCUCGGGCAGUGCUGUGGUGGUUUUGGCUGGUGACGUUGAUAUGGCCAUCGGAAGUGAUCAAGGCGGUUCGAUUCGCAUGCCUGCAGCAUGGACUGGCAUUGUUGGUCUAAAACCAACCUAUGGGCUUGUCCCUUACACAGGCGUCUGGUCUAUAGAGCCUUCUUUUGACCACAUUGGCCCAAUGGCAAGAACGGUUCAUGAUUGCGCCCAGCUUCUCGAGGUGAUUGCUGGAUACGACCAUGGAAAAGAUCAUAGACAGUGCCAACACAUUACAGUACCGGAAUAUAUAAAAGAGCUUGAAGGUUCAAGUGUAUCCGGGAUUCGUAUCGGUCUAUUAGAAGAAGGAUUGAAUAACCCAAACGCAGAUUCAGCAGUCAGUGGUAUCGUGGAAAAUCUUGUCAACAAGUUAUCAAUGUUUGGAGCUAGCAUAGGGAGAAUAUCAGUUCCUCUUCAUUUGAAAGCUCCUGGUAUAUGGAACUGCAUUGCAGAAGGGGUUUUUGAAACAACUGUGCGUCAUGGAGGUGUUGGGAGUGGUCAUCCUGGUUUUUAUCCUUCUGGAUUCAUCAACGAGUCUGGGAAAAUGUUUAAAUCUCGUCCGAACGACAUCUCAGAUCAUAUGAAGCUCGCCCUAAUGAAAGCAGAGUAUCUGAAGAAGAAUUACCAUGGCCGAGUGUAUGGAAGGGGCCGCAAUCUUACUAUCCUGCUUCGUGAGGCCUACGAGAAAGCUCUUGAAGAGGUUGACAUCAUUGCCAUGCCUACCAUACCUUUCACUGCAACCAAACUGCUGUCAAAGGAUGAUCCUAUUUGUGAGUACCACAGACGAGCUUCCGAGGUGAAUGUUAACACGCAUCCUUUCAACUUGACUGGUCAUCCCGCCCUCAGCGUCAAUGCAGGCUUUUUAGAAGGCUUACCAGUCGGCCUUAUGUUGGUAGGAAGACACAACGAUGAGCUCACCAUCUUCAAAGUCGCUCAGGCUGUAGAGAAAAUCAGGGAUGAGACAAACUAGAAACCAUAUAUGGACAGAAUUCUAACCUCUUUAUCUUAUGUUGGUAGGAAGACACAACGAUGAGCUCACCAUCUUCAAAGUCGCUCAGGCUGUAGAGAAAAUCAGGGAUGAGACAAACUAGAAACCAAAUAUGGACAGAAUUCUGACCUCUUUAUCUUAUGUUGGUAGGAAGACACAACGAUGAGCUCACCACCUUCAAAGUCGCUCAGGCUGUAGAGAAAAUCAGGGAUGAGACAAA